AUGCGCAUGCAUUAUCUCCGUCUCGCUCUUCUCGCGGCUCUCUACAUGACUCGCAGCGCUGCAGUCUCGCAGGAGCAAGACGAACCCACUGAGCGUCGACUUCUGCGUACAGAAGGGCAAGAUGCUACCGACGCGGACAACGAGAAAGAUCAACAGGGGGAAGUGGGUGGUGGCACGGCCGAGGACAGGGGUCUGUUACAAAGGCUUACUGCGGGACUGGAGCACGAGCUUGGCACAAUGCUUGGUAAGCAGUCGCUUAUCGAGGACGCGGCUGCAAAAAAGGCUGCGGAAGCACGGCGACAGGCCCGCAAGAAGGCUGCACCGAAGAUCAAGAAAUUGCAUAGAGAGCUUGUGAAGAACGUGCGCUUACCUGCUCCGGCUAGUCUCAACAAGGAAAAAGGGGUGGUGCAAACACAUCCAGAUACGGCAGACUUGAUAGAAGCGAACCUAAAGGUGUAUUACGAUGAACUCGUGGCGCGACAUCCAGGUAUUCACGAUGCGUACCUGCAGAAUGUGCUUGCCGAGGCGAGAAAGGUCAUGAAAGCGGAUGCUACGUCUUAUAAGGAUUCGGGGGAUUUCUACGGUGUCAUGUCAGUGAAGGAUGUCAGGUGGUUGGCUGCUCAUAACGAACUGGAUCUGAACCGACUGUUGGAGGCUGGCGUACCUGCUGAGAGCUUUGCCAAAGUGCUGGGACUUAAAUUCGAAGAUAUCAAGACUCUGGGAAUACACCGCAAGAGCCCCAACCUUGAUCGUCUUAAUCCUCUCACUCGCAUCUUCCUGAAGUACGAAUGGAUGAAAAUCGAGAAGGAUUUCUAUACCUCCAAGAUGAAGAAGGCUUUGGUGCCGACCGCCAAAGUGCAUCCCGUAUCCGACCUAGACCCGGCCCUGGCGUCGGCGCUUCAACCAGACAGGUUCACUUUUUAG